AUGGAGUUGCUUAGAAUCAUUUGGGGACAUAUUAUGAAAUUGUCCAAAACUAAAAUUGACGACAUGGUAAGAGGGCAUCCUGACCAGAUUACGGAUGAUAAGUACUAUUCCUCCGAUGUACUAUUUGUAGCUGCGGAAAUGGGCAACACAGCAUUUAUAGUCGAGCUAAUUCGUCAAUAUCCAGAGCAAGUACUAGCACUAAAUGAUAACAAGCAAAGUAUUUUUCAUGUUGCUGUAACACAUCGAUAUAGGGGUAUCUACUCCCUAUUGCAUGUUCUAGGCUCAAUGAAGGAAUCAAUAAUUGAUCUUGAAGACGAAAAUGGUAAUAAUAUGUUGCAUUUAGUCGGGAUCCUCAGCAAGACAACAAGGAGUGAUUAUCUAUUGAAGGACAUUCCAGGGCCAGCUGCACAACUGAUAACAGAUCUAGCAUGGUUCAAGAGUGUAUGCGCUAUGCUCCCUCCUUCCCUUCGAGAAAAGAAGAACAAAGCUGGCAUACGACCACGUGAAUUAUUUAACGAGAAUCAUAAAGAGCUGGUUGCAAGAGGUGUGGAGUGGACCAAAAAGAUAUCGUCUGAAUUAAUGGUGGUUGCCGCACUUAUAGCAACCAUAAGUUUUGCAGCUUGUAUUACAUUUGUAGGUGGAUACAACCAAGACACAGGUAAGCCUGUGUUCACUGAUAACAAGCAUCUUAAUAGCAUUCUUCUAUCGAAUGGAGUGUCUUUUAUAUUGGCUUCAACUUCAAUUUUCUGUUUCUUAUCCAUCAUUAGCUCUCACUAUACAGAAACUGCUUUAUUUAGAGUAUUAUUCAUUAAGCUCGCAUUUGCUAUGACAUUUCUUGCCGAGUCGAUUAUAUUUGUGAUAGCUGCUUUCUCAUACAACUUCAUUCUACUCUUCCCAAAAAAGUAUAUACAGUCGCAAUAUCUUUUGACAACACUCUCGUAUAUGGUCAGUUUUCUAUUUUUAUACUGGUUGAUUGGACGUCAGUAUUGGUUUCUUGCGACUAUCAUAUUGGAUGAUAAGUUUCUUCCUCCUAAACGAAUCUUGUUUUAG